AAGAUUGGCUUGAUUGUGACCUAAGGGCAAUUAUCAGCCACAUUUAUAUGGUAUGUAGUAUCACAUGUUCGUUCACAAACUAUUCGAUCGCAUUUGUGAUACUGUUUACAAUGAAAAUUGUGGCAUACUUUGCGGCAGUUUGCUUUGUAUCCCUGGUAACGGGUGAGGACUGCCCACACAACAACGCCACUUCAGAUUGUUCACACAUGGUCUGUGCCGCCGGCUUCCAUAAGGAAUGCAUUCGGAACGUUUGCACGUGCUCAGUUAACCACGCAUGCGCAACCAAGUCUGACUGCGUGGGCAUUACGGACAUCAAGUGUCUCCGGGAGUGGCAUUGCGUGGACGCCAGGUGCCUCUGCUAUGGAGACAUCGGAGGCUAGCUAGAAACGUCGACGUCGUAUGAAAUAAUUUAUAAUGUAUUCGUAAUAAAUCAUCCAAAUAAAAAUGGAAAACAAAA